AGGAGCUUUGACCUGUGUCGAAGAGAAGCGGAAGCCCGCGACAGAAGAAGUACAAGAAGACUCUCACAAUGAAAAGAGCGACGUAGAAAAUUGUUUCUCAGAGAUCUUCAUACCGAGCAGCCAGCCAGACUUUAUAAUUUUUACACAACCCUGAAAAAAUGUUUCAGUUCUUCACCCGCUGGACUGGUUAAUAUCCAACGGAACUAAUGUAACACAGAGGCUUAAAAAUAAAUCCUUUUUGGCGAAUGACACUGUAUCAGAGAGCCUACGUGACAGCAUUGGAGAGACACACACUGAGGGAGAGAUGGCUGACAGGACUGCUCCCAACUGCCACCUGAGACUGGAGUGGGUGUACGGAUACCGGGGACAUCAGUGCCGCAACAACCUGUACUACACCGCCGCCAAGGAAAUCGUCUAUUUCGUCGCGGGGGUGGGAGUUGUGUACAACACCCGGGAGCACAGGCAGAAAUUUUACUUGGGGCACAGCGAUGACAUAAUCAGUUUAGCUCUACAUCCGGAGCGCGUGCUGGUCGCCACAGGACAAGUUGGCAAGGAGCCUUACAUCUGUGUGUGGGACUCUUACACUGUGCAGACCGUGUCCAUCCUGAAGGACGUGCAUACACAUGGCAUCGCCUGCCUGGCUUUCGACCUUGAGGGACAGUGCCUUGUGUCUGUGGGCUUGGACUCAAAAAACACAAUCUGUGUGUGGGAUUGGAGGAGAGGGAAAGUUCUGGCAGCUGCUCCUGGUCACACAGACAGGAUAUUUGACAUAUCUUGGGAUCUGUACCAGCCGAACAAGCUCGUAAGCUGUGGUGUCAAACAUAUCAAGUUUUGGAGUUUAUGCGGUAAUGCUCUCACACCCAAACGUGGCGUUUUUGGCAAAACGGGGGACCUCCAAACCAUCCUCUGCCUCGCCUGCGCAAAAGACGAAGUCACAUAUUCAGGGGCUUUGAACGGGGACAUCUACGUUUGGAAAGGCAUAAACCUGAUGAGGACAAUUCAAGGAGCUCAUGGGUCAGGGAUUUUCAGCAUGAAUGGCUGCGAAGAGGGCUUCGCUACAGGGGGACGGGACGGCUGUGUCCGGCUGUGGGAUCUCAACUUCAAACCCAUUACUGUCAUUGAUCUCAGGGAAACAGACCAAGGAUAUAAAGGGCUGUCUGUGCGCAGCGUGUGCUGGCGUGGAGAUCACAUCUUAGUGGGGACACAGGACAGCGAGAUCUUCGAAGUGGUGGUUCACGACCGCAACAAGCCCUUCCUCAUCAUGCAGGGUCACUGUGAGGGCGAGCUGUGGGCACUGGCCGUGCACCCCACCAAGCCUCUGGCCAUGACAGGAAGUGACGACCGCUCAGUCAGGAUAUGGAGCCUCAUUGAUCAUGCAUUGAUUGCUCGAUGUAACAUGGAGGAGCCAAUCCGCUGUGCAGCCGUGAGCACUGAUGGUAUACAUCUAGCGCUAGGAAUGAAGGAUGGCUCGUUCACUGUUCUUCGAGUCAGGGAUAUGACAGAAGUGGUCCACGUCAAGGACCGGAAGGAGGCUAUUCAUGAGCUGAAGUACUCCCCCGAUGGGGCCCAUUUGGCUGUCGGCUCUAAUGAGAACACUGUGGACAUCUAUGGGGUGGUGCAGAGGUACAAGAAAGUGGGCGAGUGCAUCGGCUCAAGAAGCUUCAUUACACACAUGGACUGGUCCACAGACAGCAAAAACCUGCAGACGAACGACGGCAGCGGCAGACGGCUCUUCUACAGAAUGCCAAGUGGGAAAGAGGUCACCAACAGGGAGGAGCUGAAGCUGGUGCAAUGGGCUUCAUGGACAUGUGUGUUGGGCCCUGAGGUUAAUGGAAUAUGGCCCAAAUACUCAGAUAUCAAUGACAUCAACUCUGUUGAUGCCAACUUUAACAACCAAGUGUUAGUAACUGCAGAUGACUAUGGAUUAGUCAAACUGAUGCGAUACCCGUGUAUAAGAAAGGGUGCAAAAUUCAAAAAGUAUUUAGGUCACUCAGCCCACAUAACUAAUGCUAGAUGGUCACAUGACUACCAGUGGGUCAUAACAAUUGGUGGGGCAGAUCACUCUGUGUUCCAGUGGAAGUUUAUUCCUGAAAGAAAGUCGUCGAAAGAGGCUCUUCAUAUUGCACCACAAGAGACCUUGGCAGACUCUAACAGCGAAGAAUCUGACUCUGAUCAGUCAGAUGUGCCUGAAAUGGACUCGGAAAUUGAGCAGGAGACACAGCUCACAUAUCGGCGACAGGUUUAUAAAGAAGAUCUACCUCAGCUCAAAGAGCAGUGCAGAGAGAAACAUCGAGCAACAGCAAUGAAGAAGAGAGAACGAGCACCAGGAAAUGGUAUCAAGCUGCACUUCAUCCAUGGCUACAGAGGCUACGAUUGCAGAAGCAACCUGUUCUAUACCCAAACAGGGGAGAUUGUCUACCAUGUAGCUGCUGUAGGAGUUGUGUACAACAGGCAACAAAACACUCAACGAUUCUACAUGGGCCAUGAUGACGACAUCCUUUGUCUGGCUAUCCACCCCCUAAAGGACUAUGUAGCAACAGGCCAGGUUGGCAGAGAUUCCUCAGUCCACAUAUGGGACACAGAAACGUUAAAACCCAUGUCUGUGUUGAAGGGUUUUCAUCAGCUUGGAGUGUGUGCCCUCGACUUCUCAGCGGAUGGCAAACGUCUGGCCUCGGUCGGCCUGGACGACAACCACACCAUUGUGCUGUGGGACUGGAGGAAGGGGGAGAAGCUCUCUGCCAUGCGAGGGAGUAAGGACAAGAUAUUUGUCAUCAAAAUAAAUCCCUACCUGCCUGACAAGCUCAUCACCGCUGGUGUGAAACACAUGAAGUUUUGGCAUAAAGUUGGUGGUGGUCUAAUUGGACGCAAGGGGAAUAUGGGGAAGACGGAGACGAUGAUGUGUGCUGUGUACGGUUGGUCGGAGGAGAUGGUGUUUUCAGGCACAUGCACUGGGGACAUUUGCAUCUGGAGAGACAUGUUUCUUAUGAAAACCGUCAAAGCUCACGACGGUCCUGUUUUUAGCAUGCAUGCUCUUGAAAAGGGGUUCGUGACUGGUGGAAAGGAUGGUAUAGUAGCUCUGUGGGAUGACACUUUCGAGAGAUGCCUGAAGACCUACGCUAUAAAGAGAGCAGUCCUAGCUCCAGGCUCCAAAGGGCUUCUGUUGGAAGACAACCCCUCCAUACGUGCCAUUUCUCUCGGCCACGGCCACAUCCUGGUUGGGACCAAGAACGGCGAGAUCUUGGAGGUGGACAAGAGUGGCCCCAUCACUCUCCUCGUCCAGGGUCAUAUGGAGGGUGAGGUGUGGGGCCUGGCCACUCAUCCCCACCUCCCUCUCUGUGCCACGGUCAGCGAUGACAAAACCCUGCGCAUAUGGGACCUGUCCCCCAGCCACUGCAUGCUGGCUGUACGCAAACUCAGGAAAGGCGGCCGUUGCUGCUGCUUCUCCCCUGACGGCAAAGCUCUAGCAGUGGGCCUGAAUGACGGCAGUUUCCUGAUCGUGAACGCGGACACCCUGGAGGACCUGGUGUCCUUCCAUCACCGCAAGGAUGUCAUCUCUGAUAUCAGAUUCUCUCCAGGAACUGGGAAGUACCUCGCAGUCGCCUCAGGAGACAGUUUUGUGGAUAUUUACAAUGUAAUGAGCAGCAAACGGGUGGGAGUGUGCAAAGGAUGCCUCAGCUACAUCACCCAUCUGGACUGGGACAAAAGAGGAAAACUACUCCAGGUCAACACGACGGCGAAAGAGCAGUUUUUUUUCGAAGCCCCUCGUGGCAAGAGGCAGACCAUCCCUGCUUCCGAGGUGGAGAAAAUCGACUGGAGCUCAUGGACAUGUGUCCUGGGGCCGUCUGUUGAAGGCGUCUGGCCUGUGAUCAGUGAGGUCGCGGAGGUGACCGCUGCCUGCCUUAGCAACGACAGGAGGGUUCUAGCAACAGGAGAUGACUUAGGAUACAUCAAGCUAUUCAAAUACCCUGUCAAGGGAAAGUAUGCAAAGUUCAAACGCUAUGUGGCACAUAGCACGCAUGUUACCAAUGUGCGGUGGACCCAUGACGACAGCCGUUUGGUGACAGUUGGUGGGAGUGACACCUGCCUCAUGAUCUGGGCCCACGAGCCUGAGGGCCUGCGAGAAUUCAAGCUGUGUGACAGUGAGGAGUCAGAUAUCGAGAGCGAGGAUGACGGAGGUUACGACAGUGACGUGACCAGGGAGAACGAGAUCAACUACACCAUCAAGGCCUUAUCUACCAACAUGCGACCAAUGACAGGGGUGAAGCCCCACCUGCAGAUGAAGGAGCCCUCCAUUGACGAAAGGCAAGGGGUGGUUAGAGGGUCAAGGCCUCCUGUCAGCAGAGCGCUGCCGCAGCCUGAGAAGCUGCAGACCAACAAUGUGGGCAAGAAGAAGAGACCCAUCGAGGACCUGGUCCUGGAGCUGGUGUUCGGUUACCGUGGCAAUGACUGCCGCAACAACGUCCACUACCUGAACGAGGGUGCGGACAUCAUCUACCACACGGCCUCAGUUGGCAUCGUGCUCAACCUGACCACCUCCUGCCAAAGUUUCUAUGUUGAACACAGUGAUGACAUUUUGUGCCUGACAAUCAAUCAACAUCCUAAAUUCCCCAAUGUGGUGGCAACUGGCCAAGUAGGUGAUACUGGUGACAUGUCAGCCACGUCUCCUUCCAUCCAUGUGUGGGAAGCCAUGACCAAGCAGACACUGUCGGUGCUGCGCUGUUUCCACGCCGGCGGCGUCUGCUCCGUCAGCUUCAGCGCCACGGGACGACUCCUGCUGUCUGUGGGUCUGGACCCUGAGCACACUGUCACCAUCUGGAAGUGGCAGGAAGGUGCCAAAGUGGCCAGUCGGGUCGGUCACACGCAGAGGAUCUUUGUGGCAGAGUUUCGUCCUGACUCAGACACACACUUUGUGUCGGUGGGCAUUAAGCAUGUGCGAUUCUGGACGUUAGCAGGUCGAGCUUUGCUCAGCAAGAAAGGUGUGCUGAGCUCCAUAGAGGAUGCCCGGAUGCAAACCAUGUUGUCUGUAGCAUUUGGAGCUAAUAACUUGACAUUUACAGGUACCAUAAGUGGGGAUGUGUGUGUGUGGAAGGAACACAUUUUGGUAAGAAUAGUGGCCAAAGCUCACACGGGCCCCGUGUUCACUAUGUACACCACUCUGAGAGACGGCCUUAUUGUCACGGGAGGCAAAGAAAGACCAUCAAAAGAAGGAGGUGCUCUGAAGCUAUGGGACCAAGAGUUGAAACGCUGCAGAGCCUUUCGGUUAGAAACCGGACAGAUCAUAGACUGUGUCCGUUCUGUGUGCAGAGGAAAGGGUAAAAUCCUGGUCGGCACCAGGAACGCCGAGAUCAUUGAAGUGGGAGAGAAGAACGCAGCGUGCAACAUUCUGGUGAACGGACAUAUGGACGGCCCUAUAUGGGGUUUGGGCACUCAUCCUUCCAGAGACGUUUUUCUUUCCGCCGCUGAGGACGGCACCGUUCGUCUGUGGGACAUCCCAGAAAAGAAGAUGCUAAAUAAGGUGAACCUGGGCCACCCGGCGCACACCAUCAGUUACAGCCCUGAGGGGGACAUGGUGGCCAUCGGCAUGAAGAACGGAGAGUUCAUCAUCCUGUUGGUUGCCUCGCUGAAAAUCUGGGGCAAGAAAAGAGACAGGCGUUCCCCUAUACAAGAUAUCAGGUUCAGUCCAAAUUCUCGCUACUUGGCUGUCGGCUCCACUGAGUGCGCCGUUGAUUUCUACGACCUGACGCUCGGCCCGCAGCUGAACCGCAUCAACUGCUGCAGGGACAUUCCCAGCUUCGUCAUGCAGAUGGAUUUUUCUGCAGACAGCUCCUACAUCCAGAUAUCCACAGGUGCUUACAAGCGGCUCGUGUAUGAAGUGCCAUUUGGGAGGCAGAUCACAGAACAGAUUCAAAUUGACAGGAUUACCUGGGCUACCUGGACAAGCGUCCUGGGAGACGAAGUUGUAGGAAUCUGGUCCCGUAAUGCUGAUAAAGUGGAUGUGACCUGUGCUUGUGUGUCCCAUUCGGGCCUAAACAUUGUCACUGGAGAUGAUUUUGGAAUGGUAAAGCUGUUUGACUUUCCCUCUCCAGAGAAGUUUGCUAAACACAAACGCUUCCUGGGCCAUUCUGCUCAUCUGACAAAUGUACGCUUCACAAAUGGAGAUCGGUUUGUCGUCAGCGCCGGCGGAGAUGACAGGAGCCUCUUUGUGUGGAGGUGUGUCCACGCCCCUCACUGAGAAUCCCUCCAAGACCAGCGUCCUCCAUCAGAGGAGCAUCAGCAUCUCCCAUCGUAGCUCCAUGGAGGGAAAGAGGGAUGUGGAGGAGGACAGUUGCGGCAGCUUGAUGAGUUAAAGUCGUGAUUCGAUUUACUGCCUCAAACCUUGGUGCAUGCAUGUGUGCUGAACUCAUUUUCAUUUCAGUUGUGAACACGAAAACAGGUGGAGAGCAUACAGACUCUUGUAUAUCACAUACUAAUUAUAAAAAAGAACCUAAUGUGUGCAUAUCAUUCAGUGAAUUAUUUUUGAAAAAAGAGCUAUCUGUGUACAUCUCUACACUCGACAGGCCUAUAAAGUUGUGUUUCUGAUAAUGCCAUUUUUUAAAACAUGUAGCAUUAAUGAAUCAGCCUUAAUCUGAGUGUCUGUGAAGAUUUGGGGUGUGUUUUGGUAUCUUUUGGAUCAUGAAAUCAUUUGUUUUGUUGUUUUUUUUUACUGGUUACUCUAAAUCUCGUGGCCUUCCUCCUGAAUGUAACAUCCAAUGUUAUGUUCUGGAUGUCAGCAUGCCAAAGCAUACUAUGCACUGUACACCUGACCUGGUCACUGUGUUGCCCUGGUGAAUCAUUUAUGAGUUACGUGGUCGUGUUGUUGACCUCGGACCUCCCUUCAGCAAUGUUUCCCUCAUGACGUUAUAUUUGUUAGAGGACCCGUUUUGUGGUUGUAUGAGUGUGCAUGGCUUACAGGAAGACAAUCUGUCCCGACCAAAUUCCUCAGAAAAUAAACAGAAAAAAUAAAACAACUGCUGUAUAUUGACCAUUGACCUCUUAACGCACUGUUGCAGUUUUUGCCGUCACUUUCUUGGGUGUGCUGCUAUUAUUGUUGUGUUUCCUUGAAUAUGAACAGUGUGACUUUUAUGGAGAGUAAUUAAUGUUUUGUGUAAUAACAUUUAUUGUGGAAAUGGAAUGUUUAUCAGAGUCGAAUAUAAAGUGCAAAACAAUUUCCUUGUAUUUAUAUACUAACUACUAAACAAAUGUUGCUGCAAAUUUUGAUUUACAUUUCAUCAUUGUAUAUAUCAUCUGUAGAUAUUCUUUUUGUAUAUUUUUGUGAAGUGUUUCUUAAACUCCACUUUAAUAAAAAAAAUUAAUUUCCUUUUUCAA